AUGUUUGGUGUCAAACCAAAGGGUGGGCUUCCAGCCAAAGUCUCCCGGCCCUUCGCUGGCAAAACUCAUUCUGCUGGUUUGACUAAGUUUUCCACAUCCACCCGCCGGUCUAGGAAAGAAGGAGAUAUCUCAUCGGUGUUUGUCUCAUUGUCCAGCCAAGAAGAAGCAGCUCCUCUCGAUUCGCGAUUCGCAGAGCAGAAAAAGAGGCUCCUCGCUGACCGAAGCGAUAAGAUCAAAGAAAGCUGGGAUCGCCUACUCAACAGGCUGAGAGAAGAGACUGGCACCAUCAAGAAAUGUGGGCCAAGUAUCGAGCUAAGGAAACGUGGAGUUGCUGUGGUCCGCGGUGUGAUUCCUGAAGAUGAAGCAAGAGGCUAUAAGGAAGCCACUGAAGCCUACGUAGCGGCCAACCCGGGAACAAAAGCUUUCCCACCAAAUGACCCCCAGGUCUUUGAGCUAUAUUGGUCAAAAGCACAGAUGCAGGCGCGAUUCCACCCCAAUAUGCUUGAAACCCAGCGCUUCCUCAUGAGUUUCUGGCAUUCAUCCGACCCAAAUGCUUUGGUCUCUCCUCGGCACCCUCUCAGCUACGCUGACCGUCUGCGGAUUCGUCAGCCCGGCGAUACUGGCUUUGCAUUGGGGCCUCACAUUGACGGUGGAAGUUGUGAGCGCUGGGAGGAUAAGGGAUACGGGUUAGGGGACGUCUACAAAUCAAUUUUCCAGGGCCAAUGGGAAGAUUACAACCCUUGGGAUGCUAGCACCCGUAUCCCUGCUGUGGCUGAUCUCUACAAUGGAGCUGGAGCUUGCUCCAUGUUCCGGAUGUUCCAGGGAUGGCUCGGCUUAUCGCAUACUGGUCCUGACGAGGGAACCUUGAUGGUGAACCCACUUUUAUCGAUGGCCACAGCAUACACCCUUCUGCGUCCUUUCUUCCGCCCGAUCACAGCUCAUCCUGGAGAUAACCCAUCGCGAAUCGCUACCGAGACAUUCCUGGAGCCUUCCAACUGGCAGUUGGAGGAUCAGCCUAGCAGCAAGCUCGAGGGUGCUACUCCCGGGUACGCUCAAGAGCUGAACUCGGUCCUUCACCCUCAUCUAGAGCUUGAGAAAACCAUGGUCCACGUGCCCAAGAUUGCGCCGGGUGACUAUGUAGCUUGGCAUUGCGAUACAAUCCACGCCGUCGACAAGGUACACCAGGGUACUGGAGACUCCAGUGUGAUGUACAUCCCUGCCUGUCCCGUCACCGCCGGCAAUGUCGAAUAUGUCAAGCGCCAAAAAUCGGAUUUCCUUGCCGGUACACCUCCCCCUGACUUCCCUGGUGGUGUUGGUGAGAGUGCGCAUGUUGGGCAUACUACCCUGGAGGACCUUAAGUCCCUCACGACCCAGGAGGGAAUGCGUGCAUUUGGCUUGGAGAAGUGGGAUUCAGAGAACAAGGAUCUCUUGCCUGGACAACGAUGUGUCCUCAUGACCGCCAAUGAGAUUUUGGGGUACCGAUAUUAA